AUGGCUUGGAUCUUCCUCUUGAUCCAACUGUCAUCGUUCGUGCAUGGCCUCGCCAUCUCUACCGCUACUGAUCAACGACCCAAAGCAGCUUUCGUCUCGCUCGCCCACGAGUGCGACCUGCCCGCUGUCCUUUUUUCGAUAUCGCAGCUCGAAGAGACAUUCAACCACCGGUACCACUAUCACUGGGUCUUCUUCAGCACGCAGCCCCUGAGCGAAGAAUUCAGACGCCAAACCUCCAACGCAACCGGGGCUAUCUGUAUCUACGAAGUCAUUUCUGAGCAUAACUUGGCAUCUUCAACAUAUCUGAAGCCACCGUCUGCAUCCAAUGUGAUGUCAACAGACUCGACCGAUGGCGAGCAUGUCUCUGAAGCUGGUCAGUCGACAUCGUUCCUUGGCCAUACAUCACGCUGGAAUUCGGGUCCAUUCGCCAGUGAGAAGCGGCUCAGAGACUAUGAUUGGUUUUGGAGAAUUGAACCUGGCGCACAGUUUACUCAUGACAUCACAUUCGAUGUCUUCCGCUUUAUGAGAGACCAUGAGAUUGCUUACGGUUUUAACGAGGCCUUGCUGGACAAGGACGAGAUGCGAACUCAUUCACAGCCAGUAAGAUCUUUUAUCGACCAACACCCUGAUCUGUUGCACGCAGAUGCGGAUGUGUCCUGGUUCUUAGGGGGCAACGACGCGCCAAUCGAGUCAGCAAACCGAAAGGGCAGCCUUGAUAUCCGUGGUGACGCUGCUAUUACGUGGAUUGACUUGAUUAGCUCGAUGGUUCAGGGCUUGGAAGGAAUCUCGCCAACGUUUGACAUUGGAUCUCUCUCAUUCUUUCGAAGCAAGAGCCACCAAGACUUGUUCAACCAUUUGGACGCCAUGGGCGACUUUUACAACCGACGGCUGCGAGACAUGGCUGUACCUACCAUGAGUGCCAGCAUGUUUCUGCCCCAGAAGAGUGUGUGGAAUUACCGCAGGAGAGAUGCACGGCAUGCACACCGGCCAAGUCUCCCUGAAUACACGCAACGGCCGAAAGCGAAGGGUUACGAGCUCAACUUGGGAUUCAAGCUCAGAGGAAAGAACCGGAUGCAAGAGAGGAACCCUGGAGAGAGCAUGGCCGAGCGCUUUGCGCUUUGGGACCUAAUGGCUCGCGAUCUCAGUAGACAGGAUGCUAUCCCUGGCUUGCAGUCUGGUCAUACUGUGAUUGACGAGAGAAAUUUUUCGAUGAGCUAA